GCUGCUGGUGCUCUCUGGAAUUUGUCCGUUAACAGUGAAAAUAAGGUGAAGAUCGCAACGGCAGGGGGUAUUCCACCGCUAGUGAAAUUAAUGCGGGUGGGAAAUGAUGUGCAGAGAGAGAAUGCAGCUGCUGUUCUCUGGGGUUUGUCCGUUAACGAUGAAAACAAGGUCAAGAUCGGAAGGGCGGGAGGUAUUCGGCCGCUGGUAGGAUUGAUAAUGUACGGAAACGACGUUCAGAAAGAGAAUGCUGCUGGUGCUCUCAGGAAUUUGGCCGUUAACAAUGAAAACAACGUGAAGAUCGCAACGACUGGAGGAAUUCGGCCGCUGGUGGUAUUGGUGACGCACGGGAAUGACGUUCAGAAGGAGAAUGCUGCAGGUGCUCUCUGGAAUUUGUCCCUUGACCGUGAAAACAGGGAAAUGAUCGUAACAUCUGGGGGGAUUCCACCACUAAUAUCAUUGGUGCAGGAGGGAAAUGACGCGCAGAAAGAGAAGGCGACAGGCGUGUUGUGGAAGCUUGCAUCUGAAAAUUGCGUAACGAUCGCCGAUGGAGGUGCGAUAGCGGUGCUGGUAGAUUUUAUGCGGAGCGGAAAGGUCCACCAGAAGGCGAACCAAGGGGAUGCGUUGAGGAUUCUCCUGAAUUUGUCAGUGAACAAUUUAAGCAAAGAACAAAUCGCCGCGGAGGGAAGUAUCCCCGUGCUGGUAGCGCUUGUCGAAAAUGGCGACGACGAACAGAAAGAGACUGCGACUGAGAUUCUGUGGAAUCUUGUAUUUCAAAAUGGGGACUCGAACACAGCGACGAUUGCGGCUGCGGGGGGCAUCCCACCGCUGGUGGAUUUGGCGCAGAAUGGCAACACCACGCAGACAGAGAAUGCGUCUGCUGCUUUGCGGUGUUUG